UUACACUUGGCACAAUGCAGUCAGGCAAGUACUGUUCUCCUGGCAACCACCAAACUCAGACAUGUCCAUCUGAUUACAAGACAGAGAAUCGUGAUUCGUCACUCCAGAGAACACGUCUCCACUGCUCUAGAGUCCAGUGGCGUGUGGCUGAGUUGCUGUUGUUCCCAGUUGCUUCCACUUUGUUAUAAUACAGUUGACCGUGGAAUAUUUAGAAGCAAGGAAAUUUCAUGGAUGGACUUAUUACACAGGUGGCAACCUAUCACGGUGCCACGCUUGAACUCACUUAGCUCCUGAGAGCGACCCAUUCUUUCACAAAUGUUUGUAGAAGCAGUCGGCAUGCCUAG